AUGUAUGUAAGGUCACAGUCUGACGACAUUUACGGAGACGUAUGGACAGAGGAAAAGGCAUACUGCGUGGAAGUAGAGGUGCAUCGCGUGCAAGAUGCAGAAGACUUACUGUUCAGCCCAUGGAGGGAGGUGAGCUGGACAGAGAAGAAGAGAGAAGAAUUGAGGGAGAAUCUGACCCUCUAUAAACCCUCCUUUGAGGCUCUGUCGAAGGUGCGGGUUCUGCUGUUGGGUCCAGUUGGUGCUGGGAAAUCCAGUUUUAUCAAUUCCAUAAGAUCUGUUCUGUACAGACGUGUCUCUCUUCUGCCCAUCAUUGGCUCUGUAUCAGAGGGCUUCACCAAGAAGCUGAAGUGCUAUGAUAUCCGGGCAGAGAAAGGUGGCCAGCCCACAGCCUUAACUCUGUGUGAUGCCAUGGGGUUUGGGGACAGCGAGGGGACUGGUAUGACCCUCCACGACACGCUGGCAGUUAUCAAAGGCCAUGUACCUGAGGGACACAAGUUUCAAAGUGAAGCCUCCAUCAACUUCAACACGCCUGGCUACCGCCAAUCACCAGCAAUGGAAGACACAGUCCACUGUGCCGUGUUUGUUCUGGAUGCAUGCAAAGUGUUGUCCUACAGUGAAAAUCUGGAGAAGAAACUAAAGAAGCUUCACAGAAUGAUCUCAGACCUGGGGAUCCCCCAUGUGGUCCUGCUAACCCACGUGGACCAGGUGUGCCAUGCAGUCCAGGAGGAUGUGCAGUAUGUCUACACCAGCCGCAUUGUGCAGGAGAGGAUGCAGAAGGCAGCAGAGCUGGUGGGCUUGCCACUGUCCUUUGUGUAUCCGAUAAAGAACUACGCCAGUGAGGUUUCAGUGAACUGCAAUACUGACAUACUCCUGUUGAGCGCAGUCAAUCAAAUCCUGCAAGCUAUCGAUGACGCAUCUGAGGACUACCCAUCCGCUCCGCAAGAAGCAGAGACCAAGCGCUAA